CAAGGCGACCAAGUCAGCAAGCACUGCCGUUAUUGCCAACUUCCCCUCCCACUGGGCUUUGCAGGACAAUGGCUUCGGACUCUGCCGACGAGACAGACAGGUCGCAAUCCCGCAAGGCUAAUGUUCGCAAGCGUGCUCAGCUAUGGAUGACCAAGGGAGGCCUGGUCCGAGACGACUCCGACGACGAACUCGGCGAGGAAGACCACCCGUGGGAAUGGAUCUAUGACCGAGACGAUGAGAAUUACGAGCAGACAGCUGCAGAUGGCCUCCAAGAUACUCCGAAAUCGAGCCGGAGACGCACUCCCCGCUCCACUACCAAACGCCGCCGAACGAUCAUCGGAGCUCGCAUGGGCUCGUUCGAAUGCGCCUUGGGCCAGGUUGUGCUUUUAAAAUCCCCCGAGUCGGGAAAGGAUUGGAUUGGGAUUAUCACAGAGUUUGUGGAAGAGGACGAUGAGGAUGCUGAAGGCGAAGUCCUCAAGUCGGCCAACAUCAUGUGGUUUGCUUCUCCAGAUGAGUUCAUGUCGACAAGGAACAAACGACGAGCCGACGCCUUACCCAACGAGCAAUACCUGACGGCGGAUUUCAACGUCAAUCCCCUUACGUCGAUCAAUGGCAAAGCUACCGUUAUGUCGAAGGAUGCAUUCUACGCCAAGUAUCCCGGUGGUAAUCCCCCGAAGGGAAAGGAAGCUCUAGCGGAAUUCAACAAGUGCAUUGUGUGUCGGAGGGGUGUGAACCAGGUGCAGGGAAGGUACACAGACGAGUUCAUAUGGGAGGAUGUCUACCAUGAGGAUCGGAUCUUUGAUCUCAUCACCAUGGUCAAGGAUGGGUUGAAAGCAGCCACGAAGCGCAAGCAAGCCGACAACGACUACGUUGACAGUAAAGACGAAGAUGACUUUGUCCCUGCCACUCCGAGGAAGAGGCAGAAAGUGGCUACAAAUGCUACCCCUCAAUCUCGGCGUCAAAAGAGCUUUACCACCCCGUCGCAUAAGAGAAUUGUUGUCAAAAAACCACUCGAAUUCACACCCCUUGGCACUCGUGUUCUCUCACCCUCUCAUUUCGCCUCUCCAUACCGCCAGGCGCGCACCCUGCUGCACGUUUCUACUGUGCCUACGUCGCUUCCAUGCCGGAAAACAGAGUUCGAGACAGUCUACAGUCAUCUCAGCGCCGCUAUCAUGGAAGGAACGGGGGCCUGCAUCUAUAUAUCAGGAACGCCGGGCACAGGAAAGACGGCCACGGUCCGCGAGGUCGUUGCACAACUGAACUCGGCUGUGCUGGCGGAGGAGAUGGAUGACUUCAUAUUCGUCGAGAUCAACGGCAUGAAGGUCACUGAUCCCCACCAAUCUUACUCGCUGCUCUGGGAAGCGCUUAAGGGCGACCGAGUAUCGUCCGCACAUGCUCUCGACCUUCUUGAACGAGAGUUCUCACAUCCGUCCCCAAGACGAGUGUCCUGCGUCGUCCUGAUGGACGAACUCGAUCAGCUAGUCACGAAAAACCAGUCGGUGAUGUACAACUUCUUCAACUGGCCCGCCCUUCGUCACUCGCGUCUUAUUGUCUUGGCUGUCGCGAACACCAUGGAUCUCCCAGAACGUACGCUCAGCAACAAAAUCUCCAGUCGUCUGGGUCUCACCCGUAUCACUUUCCCCGGAUACAAGCACACCGAUCUGAUGGAAAUCAUCAGCACCCGCUUAGCCAACGUACCAGGCAACAUCGUCGACGCGGAUGCCAUUCAAUUCGCCAGUCGCAAGGUGGCAGCCGUGAGUGGUGACGCCCGACGUGCCUUGGACAUUUGCCGGCGCGCUGUCGAAAUCGCAGAACAAGACAGCGAGGCAGCAGCCAAAGCCCUGGACGCAGAUAAACUUGACGCAGACGACACCGACUCCCUACCCCCCACUCCGACCAAGACGCCUGCCCGCAGGGAAAGGGCUCUCAAACAAUCAUCCCAACUAUCCCCUCAAAAGAAACCGCCGGCGAAACCACAAAGCGUUGGCCGAGUCACCAUCGCGACCAUCAAACAGGCCAUUCACGAAGCCACAUCAACGCCACUACAACAAUCCCUCCGAUGCCUACCCCUCGCCGCCAAGCUCUUCCUCGCCGCCAUGCUAGCCCGCGUCCGCCGCACCGGUAUCUCCGAAUCAACAUUCGGCGACGUCAUCGACGAAGCCAAGCGAAUCGCAGACGCAGCCGUCGCCGUCGCCGGAGCAGCAGGAUCCGGAAUUAAAGACUUCCUCCUAGCCGGAGGCAACAGCGCUCGCGUGCGAGCCCUAGGCUACGCCGCCAUGGAACUGACAAGCUCGGGCGUCCUCGCCCUGGAAUACGGAGCCGGCGCCAAGGGACCACUAGGGAGCGCCGCGAUUCCGCACCGCGGCGAACGUAGCGGUAAAGUACGACUACGUAUCGCUACAGAAGAUGUCAAGAUCGCUUUUCGCGAAGACGAGGAAGCAAAGGGUCUAGGACUGGGCAUGGAUCAAUGAUCAUCUGGCUACCAUAUACACACACCUAGAUAGAAUCUGUACAACCACAAUGAUACCCAAUUAAAUGCAUUAAUGGAAU